AGCAGCGCGGAAGAAGUCAUAAACUCCUCUUCAUCAUUUUGUUGUUUUUUUCAUUAAUCGCGAUUAUAGAGUAAUUUAAUAUAUGGAGAGAGACGCAAUCUUGUUGGCUGUUGGUUUGAAUGAAAAGGAUAUUUUCAAUCUUACCAAGAAUGAAGCCCUCACAACAAAAUUCCUUCGUACCAUCACCGAAGUCAACAUUCCUUUGGAAAACAAGUCUAGUGAAUUUAAUUAUUCUUGUGGUCCACUCAUCUUGAAGUUGAUCCAAUCCAUCCCAGAUAAUUUGGCUGAUAAUAGAUUAAUCAUUGCUAAAUAUAUUGCCCAAGGUAAACUCAAGACUGGUGUCCAAGUCGAAGAAGCAAUCAAGUAUGCUAAAAAGAUUGGUACUACACCACUCCCAAUUCAAGAUUUUGAAGUUGAAUGUGGUGUUGGUGCUGAUGUCAAUGAAGAAAAGGUUACUGAAUUAGUUAAUGGACAAAUUUCAAGCAACAAGCUUUCAUAUUACACCAUUGGAAAAGCCAAUGUUGGUAAACUUGUUGGUACUUUGCGUAACGAAAUUAAAUUAUUGAAGUUUGCCGAUGGUAACAUUAUUAAACAAGUUGUUGAAAAGGCCUUCCAAGCAUUAUCCGAAGAACUGAAGGAUACUCCAGUAGAAGAAGCACCAAAGAAAGUAGAAAAGGUUGCUGUUGUUAAAACUGCCACUACCACAGAAAAGGUUGCCACUCAACCACAAAAGAAGACUUAUAAUUUUGAUGCUCGUUUCCUUGAAACUGCUGUCAACCCACCUGAAUUAUUGGAACAACAUAAGAACCAAACUGGUGGUAAAAUUAUGACACGUUUCCCACCUGAACCAAACGGAUUCCUUCACAUUGGUCACGCCAAGGCCAUGAAUUUGUCUUUUGGUUAUGCCAUGUCAGAAGGUGGUUGCACAUAUCUUCGUUAUGAUGACACAAAUCCAGAAAAGGAAGAAAAGAUUUACUUUGAUUCUAUUAGAGAAAUGAUGGAAUGGAUGGGAUUCAAGCCAUUUAAGAUUACAUACACUAGUGAUUACAUGGAUCAAAUGUACGAUUUUGCUGUUCAAUUAAUUAAGGAAGGAAAGGCCUAUGUUGACUUUUCAUCAAAGAAGGAAAUUCACGAUCAAAGAGAAAAUAAGAUUGAAUCAAAGUACAGAAAUACUACUCCAGAAGAAAACUUGAAGAGAUUCGAACAAAUGAAGAUGGGUAUUUACGAUGAAGGUGCUGCUGUUCUUAGAGUCAAGAUUGAUAUGAGCAGUGACAAUUACAACAUGAGAGAUUUCGUUGCUUAUCGUAUCAAAUAUGUUGCUCACCCACAUCAAGGAAACAAAUGGUGUAUUUAUCCAACUUAUGAUUUCUCUCACUGUAUUGUUGACUCUUUGGAAAAUAUUACUCACUCUUUGUGUACAUUGGAAUUUGAAAACAGACGUGACUCUUACUAUUGGUUAUUGGCUACUUUGAAAUUAUAUAGACCUCACGUUUAUGAAUUCAGUAGAUUGAAUAUUACAACUGCUUUGCUUUCCAAGCGUAAGGUUUUGAAGUUGGUUAAGGAAAAGAUUAUUCGUUCUUGGGACGAUCCAAGAGUUUUGACUUUGGCUGGUUUGAGAAGAAGAGGUUACACACCAGAAGGUAUCAAAUCAUUCUGUGAUGAUAUUGGUGUUACUCGUGUUGAAAAUUUGAUUCCAAUUGAAAGAUUGGAACAAUCCCUCCGUACUGAUCUCGAUGAACGUGUUAACCGUGUCUUUGCUGUUUUGGAACCACUUAAGGUUGUUUUGACUAACUAUGAUGCUAACAAGGUUGAACAUGUUGAAGCUAAGAAUCACCCUAAGCUUGCCGAAAGAGGAUCUCGUCAAUUGCCACUCUCCAGAGUUCUCUACAUUGAAAGCUCUGACUUUAGAGAAGUUGACUCUGAAGAUUACUAUGGUUUGGCUCCAAAUAAGAGCGUUGGUUUGAGAUAUGCUCCAUGUAACAUUCAUUGUGAAAAGGUUAUUAAGGAUGAAAAUGGUAAGAUUGUUGAAUUGCAUUGUACUGCCGAUUUUGACAAGAAGGAAAAGCCAAAGACAUAUAUUCACUGGUUGUCUCAAUCUGCUCCUGGUGUUGAUCCAAUGAAGGCUGAAGUCAGACUCUAUGAAAAGUUGUUCACUUGUGACGAUUUGGAUGAAGUUGGUGAUGAAUGGUUGAACUAUAUUAAUCCAAACUCUGAAAUUAUUAAGCCAAACGCAUUUGUUGACCCAUAUUUCCAAGAUGCUAAGAACCGUGCCGUCUAUGAAAAGUACCAAUUCGAAAGAGUUGGCUUCUUUGUUGUUGAUCAAGACACAACUAAUGAUCAAUUAGUGUUUAACAGAUCUGUGACUUUGAAGGUUGAUAACAAGUUCAAGAGCAAGUAAAUUCAAAAUAAUUUUAUUUAUCC